AUGAUAGAAAGCUCAUCAGUUGCAGAGACACACACUUAUGAGUUUGAUCAUGAACCCUCCUCCUCUUCUUCUUCUUCUUCAAUGAAGCUCUUUGGUUUUCCAGUGACUGCCUGUGACAAAUCCCCUGUAACAGUCCACCAUGAUCUUGACAACAAAAAAUUUGAGUGUCAAUAUUGUCACCGUGGAUUCCUGAAUUCUCAAGCAUUGGGUGGCCAUCAGAACGCACACAAGAAGGAACGGCUAAGAGCGAAGAGGGCCCAGUUGAUGGCUGAUCAUCAUAAUCGACGGUUCAGAGCGCCUGUUCCGAUUGUCAGUGCACAUGCAGUUCCAUCAGGACCGUUCAUUUGGUCCAGUGGACCUACAAGUAUUAGUGCCUAUGGUGCACGGUUCAGGACACCACCUGAGUUCUGUGCAUAUCCACCACAAGCAUUGUUGUCAAGGGAAACUUUGAGUUUUCCUGAUAGAGUCCAUAUCGGACGACCAUAUCAGCUUGCUGAUGUGGGCCCAGAUGAUGGGGGGUUCUCAAGAUCAGCGAGGAGUUCAGAAAUGGACGAUGGAGUGGACGUUGAUCUUCAUCUAUGA